CAACUCCAGCCAUCCUGUAUUCCGAGAUUCUGUUUGAAUAUCUUCGCAUCAAUGCCAUUUUCAGGUCAUUGUCUCUGCGGAGACGUCACUUAUGUCAGCAGUGCAUCGAGUCCUGAUCUAGUGGCCUACUGCCACUGUGAUGAUUGCCAGCGUCAUAGCGGUUCCACAUACGCGUUUUUCAUCAUUGUCCCUCCUGAUACAGUGACCGCCCAAGGCCUAAUUAAAACAUUCGUCAAGCAGGGUACUUCAGGCUGUCCGGUAUUGCGCAAAUUCUGUCAAAAUUGCGGUAGCUCGUUGUUUGACGAAGCUAAAAGUACACCUCAAGAGCUUGCUAUAAUGGCGGGGUCUCUUGUUACUCAGCAGAAGAGGCUAUUGCGACCUUCAGUCGAAAUGUGGGUAGCUAGCAAAUUGCCCUUCUGCCAGAAGUUGAGUGAAAGAUAUGUCCACAUGCCUGAAUAGCCCUCUCUUAUAGACUCAGAAAGCCAUAUUGGUGCUGCCUUUUCAGCAUGGUGAACGCCAUCCAAGCGAGGCCAUUGAGCUUGUACAAGAGGAGAGACGCCUUUAUUAGCCGGGAAGUAGAUAGAAGGCAGAGGCUAUUGACAGCAGUAUUACUUAACUUAUCCCACAUAAAAUUGGAAAAGGCCAGUGUAAUAAGCGAUCAGUAGUAUAAUCCUCGAGGUUCUUGAAAACAUACAAAAAUAUGCGACAGCCGAAUACUAAGCUGCUGGCCUGCGGUUUAAGUACUAUUUUCCACCCCUUGUGGCGUAUAUGCCAGAUGUUA